CACAGGGGCUUCUGGGUAAAAAGAUGCCGUUAGUUUUUCCUUGAGACGUGGUACUUUGGGGUUUCCGGCCUGUGUGUAUUGGUUUACAGUUUUAACUGUCCAAUGUUACCGUUAAGUGUCACUGUGGAUGUUGGACAGGAGGUCAAUUUGACAGGGAAGUGAAACCUCGGAAAACGAAACUACCCGCCCCACAAUGCACUGCGCCGUCAGGGUCAAAUCUGAAUUUAAACAGCUAAUGCAGCGCAGCUGUGUUUAGCUGCCCUCGUAGCGCCACAGCGGACUGGAAUAUUGAGCUCGCUUAUUUUCUGUGUUGAAAGUCUGUUUUGUAGUUAGGUACCGAAUAGCCGUGAGCGGGUUCUUCCGGACGGACUCUUCAUUUUGUGACAUGGCUUCACCGGUUUGGGUCGGUGUGCGCUGCUAGGCUAAGCUAACUGUUUGCUAGCCGAGCUCCAGGACUCGGAGCUCGUGUGAUGACUGCGGCUUUGAAUGUUGUGUUCUCUCCCACAGAGAUGAAUUGACUUCGCUUAUGUUGUGACAGAAGCGCUACGUUUGCUGUAUUAACAGAAAGUAGAGUUUUCUAACAGUUUUGACCUCCUAAGCGCCGACCGCGUCCAGGCGAGCAGACAUGACCCUCGCCCCGAAGGAGCUGUCCAACCUGCUGAGCAUCAUAUCGGAGGAGGCUUGCACCAACACCUUUGAGAGCCUCUCCACCCACUUCCAUCAUUACUUCGGGAAAGCGGAGCACUUCAGGGUAGGCUCGGUGCUGGUCAUGCUCCUCCAGCAGCCGGACCUGCUGCCCAGCUCCCCGCAGCGGCUCACCGCCCUCUACCUGCUGUGGGAGAUGUACCGCACCGAGCCGCUGGCCGCCAACCCGUUCGCCGCCGUGUUCGCCCACCUGCUGAACCCCGCACCGGCCGGGGAGGAGCAGGAGAAGGUGCUCUCCGGCUUCCUGCCUCCCAUCACUCAGCCUGAGAAGUUCUUCCUGUCUCAGCUGAUGUUGGCGCCACCCAGGGAUCUCUUCAAGAAGACCCCUAGACAGGUGUCCUGCAUGGACGUCAGCAACAUGCCCCAGUCCAUAGACAUCAGUGGGCUGCAGCUGGCCUUAGCAGAGCGUCAGUCAGAGCUGCCCACUCAGAGUAAAGCCAGCUUCCCCAGCAUCCUCAACGACCCAGACCCGGAUUCAUCCAACUCAGGAUUCGACAGUUCAGUGGCCAAUCAGAUCAUAGAGUCUCUGGUGACUGGGCCCCGCCCUCCACUGGAAAGUCACUUCCGGCCUGAGUUCAUCCGGCCGCCGCCUCCUCUCCACGUCUGCGAGGACGAGCUGGCGUGGCUGAACCCCACCGAGCCGGACCACAUCAUCCAGUGGGACCGCUCCAUGUGUGUGAAGAACAGCACCGGGGUGGAGAUCAAACGCAUCAUGUCCAAGGCCUUCAAGAGCCCGCUGUCGGCCCAGCAGCAGUCACAGCUGCUGGCCGAGCUGGAGAAGGACCCGAAGCUGGUGUAUCACAUCGGUCUGUCCCCGGCGAAGCUUCCUGACCUGGUGGAGAACAACCCGCUGGUGGCCAUCGAGAUGCUGCUGAAGCUGAUGCAGAGCAGCCAGAUCACAGAGUAUUUCUCCGUGCUGGUCAACAUGGACAUGUCUCUGCACUCCAUGGAGGUCGUCAACAGGUUGACCACAGCUGUGGACUUGCCUCCAGAGUUCAUCCACCUCUACAUCUCCAACUGCAUCUCCACCUGUGAGCAAAUCAAAGACAAGUACAUGCAGAAUCGGCUGGUCCGGCUGGUCUGCGUCUUCCUCCAGUCGCUGAUCCGAAACAAGAUCAUUAACGUGCAGGACCUCUUCAUCGAGGUCCAGGCCUUCUGCAUCGAGUUCAGCCGCAUCCGCGAAGCUGCCGGCCUCUUCCGCCUCCUCAAGACCCUGGACACCGGGGAAAACCCGACCGAGGCCAAGCCUGCCAAAUAACGAAGCUCACAGAGACACGAGAGGCCCGACUUCCUGAAGUAACUCCCAUGGUCACGUGUCACCAGUGUGCUGGUUGGGUCACCACAACAACUGACUGUACUGUAAAUAUGUCGCAGCGUUUUGUCCAGACUUCAAACUCCUCUGUUCACUCACAGCUCUGAACUGUCACCGUUUCCUCAGCUUUUUAUUUUCUACUUACUGCUCCUUUGGAAAUAGAACCUUGUAAUAAUUAAACAGUUCGACUGAGUCUGUCA